AUGGUUCCUAGGGCGCCCUCAAGAGAGGCUUUGACCUUGCUCAAGCAUUCGAUUCGUCCCUCAGUAGUCGUUCGAUCGCAAACACAACGCUGCCUUCUCUCGUCCACCACUCGACCUACGAUACCAUCGCACGCCCAGUCCCAGAUCUCCCCACAGACAGUACGAAACACUGCAACUUUCACGCAUUCCCACCACGCCGAAGCCGUCUCUGUCAUCCCCACGACAGUCGACACGAGCAAUGCAGACUUCAAAGAGAACAAGCGCCAGAUGGACGAGGCCACGGAGAAUUUGGUCAACUUGCACACAAAGAUCGCGCAAGGUGGACCUCAGAAAGCUAGAGAUAAGCACAUACAGCGAGGCAAGAUGUUGGUUAGAGACAGAAUAUCUGCACUGAUUGACCCGGGCACGCCGUUCCUCGAACUGAGCCAGAUGGCGGGUUACAACAUGUACGGCGAAGACGAUGUGCCUGCGGGUGGCAUUGUCACCGGUAUCGGUACGGUGAACGGUGUUCAAUGCAUGGUUGUCGCCAAUGACGCUACGGUCAAGGGAGGUACAUACUACCCGGUCACGGUGAAGAAGCAUCUGCGAGCCCAGACCAUCGCCCAAGAGAACCGGUUACCAUGCAUCUACCUCGUUGACUCUGGUGGUGCAAACUUGCCCAAUCAAGCAGAUGUGUUCCCGGACGUCAAUCACUUUGGUCGCAUCUUCUACAAUCAAGCGCGCAUGUCUGGUAUGGGCAUCCCGCAGAUCAGUGUUGUCAUGGGACCAUGUACCGCGGGUGGUGCUUAUGUGCCUAGUAUGAGCGAUGAGAACAUCAUUGUGGAAAACCAGGGCCACAUCUUCCUCGCAGGCCCACCGCUGGUCAAAGCAGCGACUGGCGAGGUAGUCUCAGCGGAAGACCUUGGUGGAGGCAAGCUUCAUAGCGAGGUCUCUGGUGUUACCGACUAUCUCGCAGUUGACGACGCACACGCACUUGUCCUUGCGCGGAGGAGCGUUGGCAACCUAAACUGGCACCGCAACCAAACUGUCACUUCGCAGCCCACAUUUCAAGAGCCUCUGUACGAUCCUCAGGAGCUGUCAGGUAUUGUCGGUACCAACCUGCGCCGUCAGAUCCCCAUCCAUGAGAUCAUCGCCCGUAUCGUCGACGGCUCGUCUUUCGAUGAGUUCAAGCCAUUGUACGGCUCUACCCUCGUGACUGGGUUUGCAAAGAUAUACGGUCAUCCCGUGGGUAUCGUAGCCAACAAUGGUAUUCUCUUCAGCGAGAGUUCGCUCAAGGGCGCACACUUUGUCCAGUUGUGCGGAAAGCGACACAUCCCUCUCAUCUUCCUUCAGAACAUUUCAGGAUUCAUGGUCGGUCAGGACGCCGAGAAAGGCGGUAUCGCGAAGAACGGCGCGAAACUCGUGACAGCUGUGAGCUGUGUUGAUGUACCCAAGUUCACCGUCGUUGUGGGAUCUAGUGCGGGCGCCGGAAACUACGGCAUGUGUGGCCGCGCAUACUCUCCACGACUCAUGUUCACAUGGCCCAAUGCAAAGACCUCGGUCAUGGGUGCGGAACAGUUGUCGUCCGUCAUGGAAGCCGUUGGCAAGAAAGUGGAUCCUGCGCUAAAGGCACGGAUCGAGCACGAGAGUGAAGCGACAUUCGGGUCGGCAAGGUUGUGGGACGAUGGUAUUAUUCCACCGGAACAUACACGGAGAGUGCUUGGCAUGGGAUUGCAGAUGGCGUGUGGCGGGCAGAACAAGGGUGUAGAGAAGGAGAGCACUUGGGGUGUGUUCAGGAUGUAG